AUGUCCUCCAAUCCCACCACGAUCCCCUUCACCUACUAUCGCGGCGGCACUUCCAAAGCGCUGCUCUUCCACGCGCACCACCUCCCCCCGCCCGGCGGCACGCGCGACCGACUCAUCAUCCGCCUCUUCGGUUCCCCCGACCCCAUGCAGAUCGAUGGCAUGGGUGGCUCCCACCCCGUGACUUCCAAGGUCGCUGUGCUGAACCCGUCCUCGCGCGAUGGGAUCGACGUAGACUACCUCUUCGGGCAGGUCAGCAUCAAGGAGGCAACGGUGAGCUGGGAUGGGGGCUGUGGGAAUAUCAGCGCUUCGGUAGGACCGUGGGCUAUUAAUGAGGGCAUGGUGAGUGUGGGGAGGGAGGAGAGGGAUAGCGGCGUGAAGGAGGUGGGAAUCUGGAUGGUGGGGACGGGGACGAAGUUGGUGGCGUUUGUGCCGCUGCAUGGAGAGACGGGUAGGGUUAUGGAAAGGGGGGAGUAUAGAAUUGAUGGGUGCCCUGGGUUAGGGGCGCCGAUAGUGAUGGAUUAUAAGUUUACCGCUGGUGGGGCAGUGAAGAAGGGGUUGUUGCCCACUGGACGCCCGGUUGAUACUUUUUCCGUGAGGGGAAAGGAAGUGCCGGUCACAGUCUGCGACAUCGCGCAUAUCAUUGUUUUUGGUCGCGCGGCGGAUUUCGGUAUCGAGGGAAGCGAAGAUGCAAAGACACUCAACGCCAACAGGCAGCUUCUCGACGAUGUGCGAGAGUUUCGCGGCAGGGCAGCGGCAAUGGUUGGCUUAUGCUCGUCAUGGCACAAAGUGGACGAGGAGGCGCCUAAUUUGCCUUAUGUAGUGCUACUGUCGUCUGUAGCGUCUGGCGGGGGCGAAAGCGACGAUGAUGUCCAAGCACGCCUCUUUCUCGACAACCACUGCCACACAGCCAUGGCCGGCGCCGGCGCGACUUGCACGGCUGCUUGCAGCAAGAUAGCGGGCACGCUGGUCAACCAAAUAGCCAGACCGCCUCACAAGGGCCGCGAAGAGUUUCACGUCAGGCAUCCGUUAGGCCACUUGCCCAUACAGAUCGAGGUCAAGGGGAACCCAAUGGGAGAUGAGCUACCGGAGUUCGAGGCACUGAGCUUUGUGAGGACCGCGAGGAGGAUCGCUAAGGGAGAGCUGUUCGUGCCGGGGGAUUUUGACUGGGGCGAUGGGCAGGCUAUCGAUCGGCAGGCCAUCAAUGGGCACGUGAAUGGAUCACGAUGA